AUGGCGAAUAGCUCUUUCAAAUUGGAGCACCCUCUAGAGACGAGACAAGCCGAGGCUUCUCGCAUCAGAGAGAAGUACCCAGACAGAAUCCCAGUGAUUGUAGAGAAGGCUGAGAAAAGCGAUGUCCCCGUUAUCGACAAGAAAAAGUAUCUUGUGCCGGCGGAUUUAACAGUGGGACAGUUUGUGUACGUUGUCCGCAAAAGAAUCAAACUGAGUGCCGAAAAGGCUAUCUUCGUCUUUGUGAAGAACACAUUACCCCCAACUGCUGCAAUGAUGUCUGCAAUUUACGAGGAGAACAAAGAUGAAGAUGGGUUUCUCUACUUGACUUACAGUGGAGAGAACACCUUUGGUUUGGCUUAG